AUGACUACCUUCGGGUAUGCUAGUGCUGGCCUCUGUUGCUUUGGCGUUGUCGCCGCUUUGUUCGCUGUUGGAAAUAUCAUUAGCGAUAUUAACGAACUCCGUGAUGAGGUAGAAAACAGAAUGGAUGAGUUCAAAGUUAUGGUUGAUGACACCUGGGACCGUCUCUUAAUCCUCCAAAGCCCAAGUGGAAAGUCUGAGAACGCAAUGCCAAGCAUCUUCAGAAAGAAGAGAUACGUCUACCCUGGAAUGUGCAAUUGUAACGCUAACAGCAAUGGAUGCCCAGCUGGACCAGCUGGACCACCAGGACCUCCAGGACCACGAGGAGAAGAAGGACUUUCUGGAGACGAUGGAAAGCCAGGAGCAAGUGGAAUUUCCCUUUUGGCUACUCAUGAUCUUCCUGGUGGUUGCAUCAAAUGCCCACCUGGACCAGCUGGACCCCAAGGAGCUCCUGGAUCUUCAGGACCACAAGGAUUCCCUGGAUCACCAGGAAAAGCUGGACCAGCCGGAGAUGAUGGAGAGACUGGACCACAGGGACCAAUUGGCGACCAAGGACCAAAAGGAAAUCCAGGCUUUGAUGGACCAACUGGACCAGAUGGACUCCCAGGAACCGUAUCCUUCCCAGGAGCCCCAGGACAACCAGGAGAGCCAGGAUGGCCAGGAGAGCCAGGUCUUCCAGGUCUCGCUGGAGAGCCAGGACUCGACGGAGCUGAUGGACCACAAGGACCACCAGGAAAUGCUGGAACUCCAGGACAUGAUGGAUUUGCUGGACUUCCAGGAGGAUUGGGACUACCAGGAAAACCAGGAGCUGAUGCUAACUAUUGCCCAUGUCCACAGAGACAAGAUUCUGGACCAUCUUCUCCAGCUGUUGUUGGAAAUGACGGAAACAAUGGAGGUUACAGAAACAGAAGAGUCUAA